AUGGGCGUUACUUGUUUGAGAAGGGAAGCCAAACUACUGCAGCAGGACAUGAAUCGUAGUUUCAGAAUCGGAAGCCUGAGCGAGUUAGAUGACGAUGUUCUUUUACAUAUUCUUUCAUUUCUUCCAUUUAAAGAAGCUAUUCAAACCAGCAUAUUAUGCAAGAGGUGGCAAUAUUUAUGGACACCAAUUUCCAUACUAGAUUUCACCCAAACAACCGAAAGUGCAGAGGAUUUCAUGAAUUUUAUUGGAAGAACAUUGUCACUUCGAGGAUCAUCUAAAAUCGCAAAGUUUAAACUCGUAGGCCGCAUGAAUGCCCUACUUCCUGUUGAAGCAUUGGUUUCUGUUGCCGCGCGAUGUAACGUCGAAGAUUGUGAACUCCAUCUCAAACACCUCGAAGUGCCUUUAUUCUUCCCUCAUAGCUUGCAUAAUUUAGCAACACUGACCCAUGUACACAUCGAACGGGCCCAUCAGAGGCUUAUAGUGCAUCCUUCAAUUUGCCUGCCAAACCUAAAGACGUUGAAGCUAUGCGAUGCGGUCUUCUUCGAAGAACAAUUAACUCAAGCUCUAUUUUCUGGGUGUCCUGUUCUUGAGACCUUACAUGCAGAAGAUUGUUUUUGGGAAGGUGUGACGACGGUGAGUAAACCACCUGCCAAGCUUCAGAGAUUGAUCAUAGAUGAGCCAAUGUAUCAAAAUCCUUAUAAUCCGGUUGUGGCUGAUGAGUUUGUGAUUCAUGGAGAUGGUCUCAGACAGUUCAAUUCUACUGGUCAUUUCUAUUUUGAUUACCGCAUUUUAAAUUCUGCAUUGUUGGAAGAGUUGACCGUUGAAGGUAACCUUCCGAAUACACAUAGAAGAAGCGUUUCAGAAUGUCGUUUUUAG